AUGCAGGCAUAUGUCCAACAAGUAGACCAUCAAUUAAUUUCUCAUCUUGAGCUUGUUCGCGCCACCGAUAAUUUUAAUGAAGACAACAUGCUCGGUUCAGGAGGAUUUGGAAAAGUGUUCAGGGGCCAACUAAGCAACGGCUUGGUAGUUGCAGUGAAGGUUCUCGACAUGCGAUCCGAGCACACCACUAGAAGCUUUGACGCCGAGUGUCGUGUGCUUCGCAUGGCGCGACACCGUAACCUCAUACAGAUAAUCAACGCAUGCUCUAACAUGGACUUCAGAGCAUUGGUGUUACAGUACAUGCCAAAUGGAAGCUUAGACACGCUGCUGCACCACUCCCACUUGAGAGAAAGGCAAAUUGGGUUCCAUGAGAGGGUAGGUGUUAUGCUCGAUGUGUCAAUGGCCUUGGAGUAUCUGCACCAUGGAUAUCAUGAAGUGGUUUUGCAUUGCGAUCUGAAGCCAAGCAAUGUUUUAUUUGACGAGGACAUGAUCGCACAUGUGGCGGACUUUGGCAUUGCAAGGCUACUACAAGGAAAUGAUAGCUCAACGACCGCGUCAAACAUGCCCGUUUCCAUUGGGUACAUGUCACCAGAGUAUGGAUCAUACGGAAAAGCAUCAAGAAAGAGUGACGUGUUCAGCUACGGUAUAAUGCUCCUUGAAGUUUUCACCGGAAGGAAGCCUGAAGAUGCUAUGUUUGUCGGAGACUUGACCCUUAGGCGAUGGGUUCAACAGUUAUUUCCUGCAGAGCUUAUCCAUGCCGUGGAUACCCGGCUACUACACAGAUCCUCUUCAUGGUAUGAGCUGCACGAUAACUUUCUGGCGCCCAUAAUAGAAAUUGGUUUGCUCUGCACCAAGGACUCGCCUAAAGACAGGAUAAAGAUAAGUGAUGUGGUCCUGAGGCUAACCAAGAUUCAAAUCGCGUACACCAAAUGGACAACAAGGCAUAAUGAUUUAUGA